AUGCUGAAGAGAGUUGAUCCCACCAACACCGUUUUCAUUACUUACUUACAAACAAUAGAUACUUCUGUUGAAACUGGGGUUCUGUUGGCCAGAGAAGAAGAAAAGAAGUUGAAACCUUCGAAGAAGGUUGUUGCUGAAUCUUCUAAGAAAUCCAUCAAAGAAUCCACAUCAACAAAGAGUCCAAAGAAAGUAUCAAUCUCAGAAGCAGAGCCAAUCCAACUAGAAAUUGUUGUUGUUGAUACUCCUUCGACUCAAAAGGAAAUCAUUCCUUCGAAGACUGGGGGUUUUCGAAGAAUCAAAAUGAAAUCUAAGCAUAAGAGUCGCUCACCUUUAACCAAUGUUGUUCGCAAACCGCAAGUUUCGCUUCAUGGAGUCAUUUUUCGUGAGAUUCCUGCCCCUGCAUCACCGUCUUCUAAGAAGAGAAGGGCAACAGACAUGGCCAAACAUAUUUUAAAGAAGAAGAAGAAGGGUAGAUUGAUUAUUUCGUCAGAAUCUACAACUGAUGAAAAUGAAACCAUUCUAGACACACCGGAAGCUGAUCUUCAGAAAGAUGAUGUAAUACUACCCGAAGUUUCGAUUGCCAAGACAAUUUAUGUGGAGGAACAAACUUCUGACAUUUUUGUUAACAUAUCUAAUAUGGAUGCAAGUGUUACAAUGGGUGAGGAUGCUUCGCAUGUUGCAGACAAAGGUAAAUCUUCGGAUGUUACUCCAGACACAACUGUUUCUUUACCUUCACAGGUUACACCUAUCAUUCCUACUACAUCCACAACCGAUUCUCCUAUUUUUGCAAACAUUAUCCAACAACCAUUCACAUAUAUGCUUUCUUCAUAA